GUAUUAACCCAACUGCUUUGUGAAUGAAAGAACCAGAUUUGAGACAUCAAAAGAAAGUAUUUGAUAUCAAAGGAUUCAGGUUAAUUACAGGUUAAUUACAGAUCAGUUUGGACUCCUACCAGUAUCUUCUAGACAGUAACAGACCAACAGCUUAGUCAAUAGACCUUGUAUGGUCCAAAUGUUUCUUAAUGCUUGAAGGCUGGGAAUAGGCUAGAACAUUUUACAGAAAAGAUAUGUGUUUCUAGACAGCAGGUGUAAUUGUGUACAAAGUUUUUGGCGGAGAAUAGGAUUUUGUGAAUGGACUUUUUCAAAUAUUGAUAUUUGAGGAUUAAUUGUACAAUAGUGUUUAUAAUCUACAGUAUAUUCUGUUUUCUAUAUUGAAUAUUGGAAUACCAUGCACUGAGAAAUAAAAGAAAUAUUGGAUUAUUUAAAUAGAUCUUUAUAGAGAUAACAGGAUAUUUUUAUGGUUAUCGCACUGGACAUUUUAUUUCUGUCAGGAUAUGAGAUAAAGGACUAAGCAGAAAGCUGAUGGGUGUGGGGUAUAGAUCAGAAUGAGGGGCUGUCAGUUUGUUGUACAAACCAUUGUCAGUUGGACUAUAGUCUGUUUUGCUGCCUCAAGUUUGCCCAACCCACGAAUCGUAGAACACCCACAAGAUGGUUACAUAGCCAAGGAUGAACCCGCUUCUUUAAACUGUCGGGCAGAAGGUGAACCAAAACCUGAAAUAACAUGGUACAGAAAUGGAAGAAAAGUGGAGACAACACCAGAAAACCCAUUCUCUAAUCGUAUGAUCUUCCCAGAUGGAAAGUUAUUCUUUUUAAGUGUAGUUCACAACAAAAAGGAUAAAACUGAUGUUGGAGUUUAUUACUGUAACGCUACAAACAUCCAUGGAACUGCUAUCAGUCGCAAUGCUACACUUUCUAUUGCAGUCCUGAGAAGUGAUUUUCGAGUACAACCUAAAAAUGUAACUGCCGCCAUCGGAGAUUCUGUGAGUUUUCCCUGUCGUCCACCAAGAGGGGAACCAGAACCAAGAAUUAUCUGGAAAAAGGAUACAGAAUUAAUUAUACAAGAUCCAAGUCAUACCAGAUUUGUUGUUACUGAUAAUGGAGCUCUUAACAUAAGUCAAGUACGGAAACAAGAUGCUGGAAUAUUUAGAUGUAUAGCAACUAAUGAUGCUGGAGAACGAGAGAGUGCACCAGCUGUUUUAAGAGUUAUAGAAAAACCAAGUUUUAGACGCUUCCCAAUUGAUGUCACGACAAGAGAAAAGAAGACCGUAGAAUUUCCAUGUGAUGUGGUAGGAGAUAAACCGUUACAAGUCACAUGGAGAAAGGAGCACGGAAACAUUGGUCGUAUCUCUACGUUAAGAGAUCAUACAUUACGUAUAGAGGAUGUCAGCAGACAUGAUAGUGGGAUUUAUGUGUGUGUCGCCAAAAACCAGGUCGGAGAAGCUGAAGCUGUUGCUCGUCUUAAUGUAGAAUAUAAACCAGAGUUCAAAGUUCGUCCAGUGGACAAGUCUGUUGGUGUCGGUCGCAGUGUUAGUUUACAGUGUGUCGUCGAGGGUAACCCUCCUCCAACCAUCUACUGGAGAAAAAGAAGUCAGCAUGCAAGUGCAGAAAAGAGUUUGAUAUUUCCCUACAAGCCAGAUGGCCGUUACUCUGUUAAACCUGAUGGUACUCUACAAAUAGACCAUGUUCAGUCUGCUGAUGCUGGAGAGUUCGAGUGUGAGGCUCUCAAUACAAUCGGAACAGCAUCCACAUCUGUUCAACUUAAAGUUCGGGAAAAUGAUUCUCGACCCCCUCCAGUUAUCAGGAUUGUACCUCAGAAUCAGACCUUGGCUACAGAUGAAACAGCUCUUCUUCAUUGUGAUGCCUUUGGUAACCCACAACCCAUUGUACAGUGGUAUAAGAAUGGAAACCUUUUGUCAUCUGAUGAUCCUAGAAUACAACAGAAAUCUUCAAACACUCUGCAGAUAUCAGGAUUACGAGUAUCUGACACUGGAAUGUAUUCCUGUAAAGCCAGCAGUGAGACAGGGGAGACUACUUGGAUAGCAAGUCUAGUUGUAGAAGUGCCUGAUGGCAGCUCUGUACUAUUUCAUCGAGCACAAGAUUCCAAAUAUUUCCCUGGGCCACCGUCGCAACCUGUUGCCAUAGAAACCAAAGAUACAUCUAUUAUGCUGUCAUGGCAACCCAACAGUAAUUCUGGAGCCUCACCAGUUUUUGAGUACAUCGUAGAGUAUUUCAGCCAUGAGACCACUGAUGGUUGGGUAGUAGUACCAGAUACUAUACAGAAAGACAAAUAUACAGUCAAAAAUCUAAAGCCUGGUACCCCUUACAUCUUCUUAGUGAGGGCACGGAACUCUCAUGGUAUAGGAAACCCUAGUCUUUUCAGUCAGACUAUUACAACUGAUAGAUCUAAAUCAGAAAUUGCCGUUGCCGUUCCUGCAGAUGAAAUCCGUACUAGAAUGAGUGGUAUAGUGGUGCAGAUCGAAAGAGGGGAAGCUGUCAACUCUAGCACCAUUAUGUUUGAAUGGAAGCCUGUAAAAGAAGAAGAAUUAAUCCAGCAUUAUGAAAUAGUGUACAAGAGACUUUAUAACCUAGAGGACAUGACUGCUGGUCAGCCACACAGAGUCUUGGUCCAACGUCAUGCCUCAAAGGACCAUAUGGAAAAACAUACUAUUAGCAACCUCAAUAGUCACGCCUGGUACCAGAUCUGUGUCAAAGCCUUUAAUGGAGAUAUAGGAUCUCAGUGUAGUAGUCCAUUGAAAGUUAGAACUAGAGAAUCUGUUCCCUCUAAUCCACCACAAAACAUUAUCAUCAAUAAACACGGAAAGACGAGAGUCUUUUUACAAUGGCUGCCACCUCCCGUUGAGUCCAGAAAUGGCGAUGUCAAAGGCUAUGAGAUCAAAUGUCUGAGUGAUGAUGGUAAACAUGACUGCAGUGUCAGCACCAAUGGGACCAGUAACAAGUACACUAUAAAUAACCUUCAAGAGGACAUAACCUACUCGAUCCAGAUAGCAGCACGUACAUCCAAAGGUGUUGGAGUGUGGAGUCAAUCCUAUGUCAUUGGACCAGAACAACCAAGUUUGAUGGAAGAACCGUGGUUUAUUGGUGUACUAAUAGGUGUAGUCGGUGGAACUUUAUGGCUGGCAUUGUGUAUCUUUAGUAUCUGGCUGUGUAAGAAAAGAAAGAGUAAAAAGAAGAUGAUGCAGAAUGGAUUAUACACGGUACCCAUGCAGAAAGGCAAUGAACAGCAACCAUGUACAACAUUUUACAGAAACGGAUAUGGUGAGAAAGAUACUCAACAUAUGUCACCAGAAAUCACAAACUUAUUAGAUGGUCACAAGGAAGUAGAAAUGCAGGACCAGAAUAUUUAUAAUGUGCCACAGAUGAAAACAUUCUACCACAAACAAGAUCCAGUGGCACCCUAUGCCACAACCACCCUGAUUAAUCCAGGGGCAGCACAACACAUGGAUCACAUGUUUAGACCGAUUAAUCAGCACAGUGGAUCAGGUGAUAGCUGUUGUAAACAUGAUUGUAGUGGAUCAAACACGGAUUCCGGUGGACACCAUCAUAGCGAUCACAUGCAAAGUCCCACAAGUGACAGCGGUAGUCACACGACGGACGAGAAUGGAAUGUUAAUAAAGAAAGGAAGGAAAGGACAAGGACAGAUAAUUGUACCUAAACAAGCCAUGGUGAACUGGGCAGAGUUUUUACCUCCCCCACCCGAGCACCCACCACCAAGUGAAGUAGGAUCUGAUUCUCCGGCUAAUUCUCUUCAGUAUGCAGAGGUCAAUCAGAGUCGUGCAAUUGCAAAUAGAAGUCCAAUGUCACCUAUGUCUAAGAUAUCAUCCUGUUCUUGUCCGGCUCCACAUAGUCAACAUCCUGGCUGUGCCCAGGCGUGGAACGUUCCACCUCCGGCAUAUUCUGAUUCUGGAUGUGUUAGAUGUUGUUCUCCUAAAUAUUGUGACAAUGGUCAAUAUAGUGCUAUAAACAGAGUGCAGUCUCCUCGUUCAGAUACGUGGGGACAACGAACAAUAGCUUGUACAAAUCCCUCACAGAGGGCGCCAGUAGAAAUGUAUUGUCAUAGUAGAACUUGUCAUAGUGAUCAUGAACAAAAUAAUGUACCUCCCUUCCAUCAUUAUAAAAUAAACAAUAAUGAACAAGAUGGCGGAGGGGAAUAUCAGUGUUUUAGUGAUAGUGGACAUUAUUCACGGUGUCCAGUAGAUGGACAUUGUAUGGACCGAGCGUGUCAGUCUUCAUUACCUAGUGUUGCUAGUGAAUGUCAGUCACGAGGACCAUGUAGACUGAGUGACGGAGGGCAUCACCACAUGAAUCUAGCUGUGGAGGGUUACCAUAGAAAUGGUGACUCACCAAUGUCAGGUGGUCAAGACUAUGUUGGUGAGUCUGAUUCCGAGUCUAAUCCCCCUCAAGAUGGGGAGGACUGUGGUGAUGAAAAUCCCGAAGAUGAAGGCAACGUGUCAGGUUCCAUGAUGGCAUCGUGGGCCAGUGUGACAGACCAGAGCAAUACAGAUUGUUCCAGUCAUCGGUCGAGUGCUGCCAGUGAUAGUGAUGCUUCAUUCCUGACCGAGGCAGACUUUGCCAGCGCUGUAGCUAAAGCUGCCGAGUUGUCUGGUCUGACGGUUGUUGGUACGACAGUCUGUGAUCCUAAAACUGGUAAACCAGUGAAGCGUCAUAGACGUCCUCGGCCUGCUAGACCAGUUAGUCCCUAUAGUACAGAUAGUAACUUUAGUGCAGUACCACACAGGCCAUACCCAAAGUCACAACGAAAGAAACAGUUGAUUGAGCAAGGGAAAUGGCAAAGAAAAGAUCAACCCAAUGGUAUACCUUCCCAAAAUCUUCCUGCUAAUGUUGAAGAUCUUCCCUCCUAUCAUAAACCAUCUUUUCCGUCAUCAUCACAACAUUCGGCCCCCUUCCCAGAGGAUAAAAUCUGAUGUGGCAUUGGUUUGAUGAAAGUAUAAAAGAUGGUUUUAUCUAGUCAGACGACUAUAGUAUUGUCAUGUGAUCCAAAAAACAGUAUCUAUGGCAACUAAAAUAGGAUCUAGAAAGCCAUGAUUAAACAGAAAUCCAUUUACAGACAAACUUUGUAGUUCAUAUGUAGCCAAAACUUUGUUGUUCAAAGUUUUAUUUAUUUUGCUGACUGUGAUACAUGGUUGCUAUGACUACCGUCUGCUCUCCAGUUUGUGAUGUUCAGUGAGUCAAACGAGAAAUUAUAGUAUGUAUUAUUCAUACAACUAGAUGAAGAAGAAUUCCAAGGAAGUUUCUUACAUUGUGUUUUUUUUUAAGUGCAUAAUUUUAUGAAACUGUGUAACAGCAAUAAAACAGUGUGGUCUUCCUGUAGAACCUAUCAAAAUAAGUUUUAAAUUUGCUGCGGCACUUAAAACCAACCUAUAGUAAAACAAUCUACCAUUGACUGCAGACUUGUUAUGUGUUUGUUGUUUAUUGUUAUUUAUUGAAGAAGAAUUGAUAUGUCUGUUUUAAUUCAUAUUGUUAUAGAAUUAUUUUCAAUUGAAAUAAUGUUGAAAUUUACUUGUCAUAUUUUUAUGAGAUCUUAACUAAAUUGAAUCAUUGAAACGGUUCUUAUACAAAAUUUGACUUUCUGAAUUUGAGAAAGAAAACUUAAGAAAAUCAAAAUUCCAUAUACAUUGGUAGUAUUGAUUUUGAAAUAAGCUUAGAAAUUGUGACAUUGCUAAUGCAUUAUAAUAAUCUUUCCCUGCUCUCAAACAUGUUGAAAUUUUGAAAAAGUAAGCAAGCUUCAAAAUGAAUGAUAUGCACUUGAUUGUAAUAAAAAACAUCCUGCUGCAAUUUGGUAGAUACUAAGAUGGUGCUUUUGACAUUCAAUUUUAUCAUCCCCCUUUUUGCAUAGAUUUCGCCCAUUUUGAAAGAUUAUCUUAAGAAAUAUUUGAAGGAGAUAUGUAUGUGUGUAUCACACUUUAUAAAGAAUGUUUGGUUAAUGAGUGUUAGUAGUACUACAGUAUAAUAUUCCAAUAACCAUACACAUGGCACAUGUUUUCAUUUUUGGAAAAGAUCAAAGAACUUGAAAUGGCUGUUGUUUUCAUGAUAAAAAGUUCCAUCAUUAUAGCACAGCAUACUAACAUAUUGAUUUUAAAUGAUUUGAUUUUAUACAUAUGUUAUAAUAAAAAACAAGAAUUAAAUUUUAAGUAGAAAUAUUCAUAGUUUUUAAAGAUAUUCAGAACAUUGCUAUUAGUAUCAAACUUAAUGAUUAUUUUAACAUUUGCUUUCCAUGCCAUAAUAUAAAGUGAUCUGAGUAGAUACAUUUUGUUACUGUUAUUUCUUUCAUCAUGUUUGUUUAAAACUUGUGUAUUUUUUCCUUGGUUAAGUAAUAGCAUAAUUUAAACCUCAUUCAGAGUUGGGGGAUAUGAUAAUAUAUGUGCAAUAAUUUUGAUACUGUUCAUGUGAUUUUAUAUUUAUUUUAUUAUUUCUUGUUACAUUUUCACUUCAUAAGCAACAAUAGGGAAUAUACACCUUGUCCCUGUUUGUCUGCCAUUAAUGGACAUCUCAAAGGUUUCUGUGAAAUUUUGAUGUCAUAAUAAAAAAUAUAUGACUCUACAAUGAAAAAGUAAUUGUGGGAUGUCUAAUAGUUUAAGAGGGACAUAUUUUGAAAUAGCGAUAAGUUGUAUUUCUACACAACAUAAAGAUUUGCUAAUGAUAAAUAUUUCUAUGGUAGAUAUCAGCAUUAUGGGUUAUUUAGUUAUUUGUUAUUAUAUGAUGUAAUUCUGAAAAGUUUCAUAACUAUUUUCAUAAAAAAAAAAUGUGCAGAAAAUUCCAAAGUAUGGAUUGUAUAUAAUUCCCAGAGAAUGUAUAGGCAAUAUAUGUUGUCCCAUUAAUGUCUCAAAUAAUGGUCGUAAGAAUGUUUGUAAAUAAUGUCUUGGUAAAGAUGAAGCUUGUUGUAUAUGAUCAUUUUAUGGUUAUACCAUUUAUCAUGUCAUAAGAAAAAUCAAUUUCCAUAAAAUAAAAAAUUGAAAGCUUA